AUGACAUUCCUUUUUCGAUCUGGGGCACAUUAUGCCCAGCUACCUGACACUGAGCAGAGCGAUGAGCCACACCACAGCCAUCUGCAAGACGCAAGUGGUCUUAUCGAAGAAGCGAGGCAAAACCUUGGAAAGCGCAAAUUCUCCUUGUUUGCCUCCGUGCGUCGAUCUUCAUAUUUGCGUUAUCAAGAACGCCAAUGCGGGACUUCAUGGAAUCAGCUUGAAUCGCUACCGGACGGAGAAAGAGCCAUCGAAUACGAAACCCAGCGCUUCAAAGGCAGCUUUGGACUGGAGUCCCCUUUCACUGGCAUUGGACCAGCUGUAGAUGCUGCUUGGGAUAACAUCACAAAUGGACCAGCAGGUGGUGCUAUAGGUAUCACCAAAGAACAGUGGGAAGCUGUCAAUCAGUAUCCUGAGUACCCGGUGAUGUUGGAAACAGACCAUGGGACAGGGCGUUACCUUGCCAGCCUUGACGUCUUUCACCAGCUCCACUUUGUGGACUUAUUGCGCAAGAACAUCCACCGUGAGUAUUACGACAAGCACGAGGGCUCAUUCGCCGGUGCCCCAAAACGGGUCAUCGAAGGACACCUGGAACAUUGUAUCGAAACGCUGCGCCAGAUGCUGAUGUGCCACGGGGAUAUUAGUUUGCUGACCUACAACUGGGUUGCAGGCAGAGACAUGCCAUAUCCAAAUUUUAACACUAUUCACACCUGUAAGAAGUGGGAGAAAAUUAGUGCAGUGGAACAUGAGACAUGA